CUCCCCAUUUUCCGCGGUUUCCUCACGUUUUCUCUUUCCUCUUCUCGCUUCUCUUCCUCCCAAGCAACCGCUUCUCGCCGGCGGCAGCUGCCGCGUGCCGCACACCGUCUUGGCGCCUCGCCGUACUAGCCCCAGAGGCUUCUCCGAUACCUGGGGAGGCGUCGCCCGCGGCUUCGUCGCCCGAUGAGCCGCUGCCCUGUUUCCUCUCGUGCAUAUAAUGGUGUCAAGACCUGUAGUACUUGUCUUCCUGUUGGUGGUACUCAUAGUCACGUCCCAGUUUGAAUGGAAGCAACAGCUUGUAAAUGAGUUGGAAUCUAAAGCUUGCAACCAGAAACAUGUUUCAAGUAGAGAAGAGCUUGUCAAGGAUCAGAUAAUCUUCGCUCAAGAAAAGAUGAUUCAGAAAUUGAAUAAUUUUAUCCAGAAUCUUCAGCAACAGUUGCUGCAAUGUCGUGGCAACAAUAGGACAGUCAAUCCUUCUGGAACUUCUUUGACAUCUUAUAUUAGUGAGAUCCAGAGGCCGCGGAUGAUAGAUGACUGAUAAGGCCGUGCAAUGUGAGCUAUACAGAUAAAAAGAUGGGAUAUUGACACAAAGUCACGUGGGCAGCCCAGUUCUCCCAGUAAAAUCAGUUAUAAUGUAGUAUUAGCCUGCACAGAAUAGUAUUUGAUCAGUUCCAGAGCAAAAGGAACACUGGUCCUUUGAAAAUAUAUGUAAUUUUAUUUUCCCUUUCCUUUUUUUCGCUAAGAGAACCUGAAUAUUCUUUGUUUUAUGAUUGACAUCUAUAUAUAUAUUUAUAACAUAUAAGCUUUACAUUCUAUCCUCUACAGAUUUUGUGAUACAAAGGUGUUCUAAAAGUGUAAAUUGCUCUUUAGUGCGUGCUCUGGCAUUAGCACUGAAACCUCUUCAAAGAGGAAAGAGGAUUCUGCUGUGGCAUAUUACAGUCUCUGUUUCUCCCCAUUCACAGCAUGCUGCAACUUUCUUAAACAUCAUACCAGUUUUAAUGCCAACAGAUUUUCACUGUAUGAUUCUCACAUUUAUUCAGCUGUAAUCUUUUUCUCAGUAUUUCAAAUGCUUUAAUUUCAGCAGAAUUUUGACUUAUGCUAUAUCCUCAUGAAAUUCUUAUUGUAAGAGUGUUGCUUGGCGUGGAGGUCAGGGGUCAGGGCUAAUAGAUGAAAUGUGCAGACACCAUCAGCAUAGUUUGGAGCUUAACCUGUUUAAAUGCCAUAGUAAAGGAUCCAGUGCCACAUGUUUUUCGGUAAUAACAUUUUACUAUGUUGUUAAAAAUAUCUAGAUAAAUUGUCACUAUAUUGAAUAUUGUGCCAAUACUUCUCUUGUGAAACCUGGGGGUGAUGUACUUAUGUUUGCCUUGCAUACUUUAACUAAAGAAGUAAGAAAUUUGCAGACUGUUAGUAUAUCAUUUUUGGACUUCACUUGGAUGGGAGACUACACAAUGGUUGUUUCUGAACUUUGGGAUUAUGUGAUGAUUUUGUGGCAUUAGUAUGUACUUACAUCACUUGUGGGUAAAUGUUGUUGAGGCUAAGUCUUAUUUAGUUCGUCCACUUACUCCCAGUUCCUCAGUGCUGAACUGAAAUGUAUUAAUGCCUUUGACUAGGUCCUCUUGGCUUGUUAAGCCACUCCUGUUGCUGAGCAGCAAUGUUUGAAAGGGAGCUGUCGGCAUGCCAUCUUCUUAAGUGGUUGUACUAUAAGGCAUUGAUGUCCAUGCCAAUGAAGGGCUGGAAUGCUAUCUUUACAGGAAUGUAGUUCAUGUGGCAUGGACUGGGAACUAAUGCUGAUAUAUCCAUUGCCUAGUUACUUAUCCUGGAAUCAUUUUACUGUUUUGCAAGUCUUUCAGAUGUGAGAUGUGGGUAAAUUCCGGAGUCAUGCAUAUCUAUCUAUCCAGGAUUAAACAAGGUACGCAGAAUUGAAGAUUCCAAAAUACCUUCUCGUAAGUCGAAUUAAUUUGCUUCUGUACGGCUGGAAGCUUAUUAGACAUGGUUGUGUCAAUUUGUCAUGGAAGUGUUGCACAGUUGCCAUCAAUGUUCUAUAGUUCUGCUGCUGGUUUUGCUUGAGCGGGUCUUCUGCAGAUGUCCCUGUCUGGGAAGCUCUGCUACAGAGCAAGUAUCUGCAGAGAGAGGAUAGGUCGAUGGCCAAAUGCUGUGCCCAUCGGUAGUGAUCAAUCUUUUCAAUCUGUACUCCAUUAUGUUCAUUUGGAUUUAAGAUGCAAGAGUCCCUAUCUUCCUGCAGUAGUUUGGUGCAUGUGCCCUGUACGACAUUACCUUGUAACAUUAGCAUCUGGCGUUGGUUGAGCAGCUGUGUCAUCUGC